AUGAUCACCCCGCCAUACAACCCCAAGCGUUCAUCGUCGUCCUCCUACCCCUCAAACCAUCUCAAAGUCCGCACCUUCACCCAGCGCGGUGAAGCCGAGGAUCCAGACGAAAAACACAACCCGCGGAGCGCGAACGCACUCCCGCACCGCGAGAAGAGACGAAAGACCGGCCAACAGGACAUCAUAAAUACAUUCAAGGACCUCAAUCUACCGAGCUUAGCCCGACUCUCCCACGCAGGGACCGGCUCGUUCGACGCCCCGCAGAUGGACGUCGACAUCGACAUCGACAUCGACACCGCAAUGUCGCUGGAAAUGGACGAGACGAGCACGAUCUCCCUCUUUUCUCCUCCCAAUGGCACUACAACUAUCACUGCUGCAAGCGGAUGGACUGGCACUGAAGACUGCGCUAUCCCGCCACCACCACCUCACCACUCCACCUCCCCGGCACACAGGUUUAGUGCUUUCGUUCCCUUCCCCGGCGCGGACCCCCUGCUGGCAACUAAUCCUGAGCCUUACGCGGAGAGCCACCACGUGCACCAGUACCAUGCUCAGCACCAAUCGUUCUCGCGAACGAGCUUCCCCAUCUAUGAAGACCCGAAUGAUAUCGAGUUGCAGGAGAUUAGAGUUAAUGUCUUUGCUCCGUGGGAUGGAGACAAGGAGAAUAUCGUUGACGAGGACGACGAGAGAGCAUGGACAGUCGGCGGCGGACCGGUAGAGGAGCAGCAGCAGCAGCAGCAGCAACAGUACGAGGAUAGCACCGCGAUGAUGACUUCGUAUUAUUAUGUGCUUACUUGA